CAAAACUGGUCCAAUCUCUUGCAAAAAUUGACAACCACUUUUGUUUGUAGUAACCCUAAACUUAAGCCACAUAUCAUGGCCUUACCUUCUUAGACUUAAACUCUAUCUAAAGCUAUAGAAAUGGCUCCUCUGUUUCAGGAAGUGAUUUUAGCAGCUGAUAUGAGGUGUGCCAAGUGCCAAGCGAAGGUAGCCAAUGUAAUUUCCAGAGCUGAUAUUGAUGUGGAAGCUAUAGAAGUGAAUGUAUCAAAGAAGGAGGUGAUUCUUACUUGUACACCUGUCAAUGAAGGAUCAUCAUCAAGAGAAUCUUCUACCGUAUGCAACAAUUUACCCAGAAAAGCCCCACCGACUGUAUGGUUUCCUUCCUAUAAUCGAUCUCAAAUCAGUGUUAUCUACAAAUUAUGAGUCCUGUAGCAGUUUGUAGAAUCAGUAUCCAAGUGAUGAAAUAAAUGUAAACCUUACAGGCUUUUUGUUGGGUCUUUUUUAACAAGAGAUGCAGCCUCAGUCUGUUCCACACCAGUUUGAUCAUGAACCAAUCCUCAUUGCUAUAAUAAUUUGUCAAAACUGAAAAAAUGUUGUGGCUAAA